GGAGUCUGCUCCCUCCUCCUCCUCCUCCGCCCCGCAUUGGUAAGAGACGCUUUUCAUAAAAUCCUUGAAGGCCCCUAUUCAGAACGGAGGGGACUAGAGAGAGAGAAGGGAGCAGGUCGCCGGCUGCGGCGCUUUGCACUGGAACUCACCAAGGUGACGGGCUGGGUUUGGUUUUGGCUUUGAGUUUAAGAAGGAAAUACGAUUUCUCCCGACGCCUUCGCGACCCGCAUGUACUGGUGGAGAGAGGUUCUACCAAAAACACGGAAGACAGCAGUAGCGGCUGUCCUGCUGCAAACCUGUCCUGGUCCCAAAUAAGCACUCCUAAAGCGCUGGUGAUGUAGAAGGGCCCCAUGAGAGUCCUUAAGAAGCCUGCAUCCAGUGCACACUUACCUGAGAGGAAACCCGGCGGGUGAGUUCCGUCAUGGGACUCGCUACUACUGAAUAAAGAAACAUACGGCGCUACGAGGCUACUGCCUUACGGGGAGGAGGUCCCGUUGACCUCCGUGGGCCUGUCUCCCCAAUACACCCGCUCUCCUGCGCAGUGCACGUUGACUCCGGCUUAAAUUCCACUUACUUCCGAGUAAGCCUCCACAAACCCGGGCUGCCUACGGCCCGUCCGUGCUUUUGAAACUGCCUCCGCUUCCAUCACUCCUCCCCCAUUCCAAAAGCAUAGCCCAGGAGCGAGUCCCACCGAACUCGGGGGCGCCGACUUCCAAGGACACGUGCUGCGAGCCCAAGUGCGCUGCUUACUGGCGAGGAGACCCCACGCAAGCCAAGCGGGCUCGCCCCCGUCCUGUCGCGCGCCCACCCGAGCGCGGAACCACCCCGCGUGGGCAUUGACCGGCGAGCAAAACGGCAGCGGCGUGAUCGGGCGCCACCGUCGGGGGCGAUUGGCCAGUGGCCGAGAGGAGGAAACGCUCGCCCGCCCCGAGGCAGCUGCAUGCAUGACUGAAACUAGCGAGGGGCAACCCCGCAGGAGGCUGCUGCGCUUCUCCGAGGGGAAAGGAGGGGGAGAAGGAGGAGGGGCGGAGAGAGGUUCGCCCGCGCCGUCGUCGGGGAUCUUGCGCAGCGCGCAGGCGGCUGCGAGUUCCUUCCCGCGGCCCGAGGAGGAGGCGGCGAAGAAGAAGAAGAAGAAGAAGCAGCAGCAGCAGCAGCAGCAGGGAGCUGCCUGCUGCGGGCCUCGUGACUGAGGUGGCUGCUGGCUGCUUUCUGGAUGCCACCAGGCGGGGGAAGAAGGGGCUCUCUCCGCCUCGGUCCUCCCCUUGUGGGCUGCCGUGGAAGUCAACAGGCUGUCAGCAGCGGGCUCAUUUCGUAAGGGAGCCCGCCUGCAAGCGGGAGAGAGAGAGAGAGAGGAGCCCGCCGGCCAGCAGCGAGGCCAGGAGGGAGGCGGCGGCGACGGCAGAGGAGGAGAAAAAAGAAUAACUCCCCCCCCCCCCCCCGCGCGCCCCGCGAACUUCGCCAGUUCUUGCUCCUCGGCGACGCGUGAGGAGAAGGCGGCGGCGAGACCAGAGCGGCCGCCGCCGCUCGCCGAGGAAGUGCCCAGCAGCUCUCCGGUCUCGGCAGCUCUGCAAGAGCUCCAAAGCGGCAGCCCCCGCUCCCGCCCCGCCGGCUCCGUCCAGGACCUGGGCUCCCUCCCCGGCCCAUGUAGACGUCUUGACGCCGCGCAUCGGGCCGCUCGCAAGCAGACCGUCCAGCCAGGCUCUCCCGCGCGAGUGGCUCUGCGGGCCACGGCGUCAGGAGGCGGCGGCUCCCGACUCUGCUUCCCGAAGCCCAGCCGGUCCCUCGGCUGGCUUUCUGCAAAGCUCCGGACGCUUCUUCCCCGAGCGCGCGCCCGCCCCAUUCAACAGUCUCUGAAACCCCAAUUGCUGGAGCUAAAAAUAAACUUGGUGGUUUAAAGCGCGCGCGCGCCCCCCCCCCCCGCCGCCGCCGCCCCUCCUCGGCAUCCCUGCCCCCUGCCCUGCCGCCUCCUCCUCCUCCUCCCCCCGCCCCGCGACCGUGUUUGUGUUUUGACAAAGACGCGAUUUGAACUUCCCACUGCCGCCGCAUCCAAAGGGGAACGGAGUCGCAGUUUUGACCUAUGGAUGUGAUUUUUCCGCCCGGGCACAGAUGCGUGCCCACGGGACGAACAGCCGCCAGGGACUGAAGCUCCUCCGUCGUCUGCACCCGCGGGCUAGGAAGGGACCCCUGCCCAUGGACCUGGCCGGCGUGCUCGCCUCUUCUUGCCUGUAGUUCGGAGACGCCACUUUCAGCCAUGAGAAAGCGGGGCAAAGAGCUGCGCUGCCCGGUCGCUUGCCUCUCUGGCUGAAGAAGACCUCUCCCCACCACCGGCAGCACAAGCCAGGCGAAGUCCAGGGCGCCACCUUCCCGCUGAGGAUCGAUUCCUUCCCCAGCCUGCAGGGAGCCGGUCUUGGCUAUGGGAUCCUAUCUGGUGUACCACAGCCUGGGACUCAUCCUCGGCUGCUCGGUGUUCAGCUCCGUCUACGCGCUGGUGGAUCCAGAUGAUGUGUUGACGAAGGAAGAGCAGAUCUUCCUGCUGCUAAAGGCCAAGGCCAAGUGCGAAUGGCACAUGAAAGCAAAAUGGUCCAAAGUGCAUGAUGGAUUCUGCGCGCCCGAGUGGGAUAACCUCAUCUGUUGGCCGGAAGGAGCCCCAGGCACAGUGGUGGCCAUGCCCUGCCCAGAUUACAUCUACGACUUCAACCAUAAAGGCCAUGCCUAUCGGCAGUGUGACAUGAACGGGAGCUGGGUGUUGGUGUCCAGCCACAACCGCACGUGGGCCAAUUACAGCGAGUGCACCAAGUUCCUCCCCAACGAUACAAAGGAAGGGCUACAGGAAAUCUUCUAUCGCCUUUAUGUGAUUUAUACCAUUGGCUAUUCCAUCUCGUUGGGGUCCCUGACCAUCGCCAUCCUUAUCCUGGGAUACUUCAGGCGCUUGCACUGCACACGGAACUACAUCCACAUGCACCUGUUUGUCUCCUACAUGCUCCGAGCUAUCAGCAUCUUUGUGAAGGACGCGAUCCUGUACUCUGGUUCGGCCCUGGAAGAGACAGAGCGGAUCUCGGAGGAAGACUUCCGGUCCAUCACCGAAGUGCCUCAGGCAGACAAGUCAGAGUUUGUGGGCUGCAAGGUAGCCGUGACUUUGUUCCUUUACUUCCUGGCCACCAACUACUACUGGAUCCUGGUGGAAGGCCUCUACCUCCACAGCCUCAUCUUCAUGGCCUUCUUCUCCGAGAAGAAGUAUCUUUGGGGAUUCACGUUGUUCGGCUGGGGACUCCCUGCAGUAUUUGUCAUGAUCUGGGCCACCUUAAGAGCUACAUUAGCAGACACAGAGUGUUGGGACUUGAGUGCCAGCUAUUUCAAAUGGUUCAUUCAGGUGCCCAUCUUAACGUCAGUUCUGGCAAAUUUUAUCCUUUUUAUCAAAAUUAUCAGAGUCCUAGCAACCAAGCUCCGGGAGACAAAUGCAGGGAGAUGUGACACGAGACAACAAUAUAGGCAGCUGCUGAAAUCUACCCUGGUCCUCAUGCCUCUCUUUGGAGUUCACUAUAUCGUUUUUAUGGCUAUGCCGUACACAGAAGUGUCAGGGAUACUCUGGCAAAUUCAAAUGCACUAUGAAAUGUUCUUCAACUCUUUCCAGGGAUUUUUGGUUGCCAUUAUCUAUUGUUUUUACAAUGGGGAGGUUCAAGCAGAAAUAAAGAAGUCAUGGAGUAGAUGGACACUCGCCCUUGACUUCAAAAGGAAAGCCCGCAGUGGAAGCACCACCUACAGCUACGGACCAAUGGUGUCCCACACCAGCGUCACAAAUGUGACCACAAAAGGGGGAGUCGCCCUUAAUCUCAACACGAAACUCAUUCCAGGUGCCCUAAACGGACACCGGAAUUUGCCAGGAUAUGUCAAAAAUGGCUCCAUUUCUGAGAACUCCAUGCCCUCUUCUGGGCCAGAACACUAUAACAAGGACGAGGAGUACCUCAAUGGUUCGGGACUCUACAAUGGAGACAAGCCAACAGUCCUUGUCGAAGAGGAGAAGGAGACGGUGAUGUAAAUGAAAACAGACAUGGUUGAGACGUCCAGAUAAGAGGUUCCCAGAAAGCCCUGAGUGUUCCAAAGAAUACUCAGCCAAUCACUGAAUGCCAAGGAUCUUCAGGCAGCGGCUCUGUUCUUUAGAACAAGACAUCAGGCUCCUUGUGAAACGUGGGCUCACUGUCUGAUCACGUACACUUUGCUCCGUGUCCUGCACCUCCACAAGGUGUGAAUGAAGGCAAGCAGAGCUCUCUAGCAGAGUUCGCCAGACCUGUUUGAAAAUGAAGGAAAUACUCCGUUUACAAGGACAACCCAAUGGCACUCUAGAGUGUAUCCAGAGCACAACAGAAAUGGGAGGAAAUUGGCUGUGUGUUGUAUUUUGGAGUAAAGAGGGUGAAGGGUAGAACACCAUCAUCCUAUGGUGUUUCAAGUCAUCCCAAGGCAUUCGUGGCUGGUACAUUCCCCUUUUUGAUGCAAAGACAUUGGUUUUGCCACAUGGUAAAUCCACACUGGGAGGGCUUAAACCAGUCAGCCCUGCUUGCCGGUUGCAGCUAACUGGUGCAGACUCGGCAAAAUCUGUGUUCCCUCUUGGAUUAAGAUCCUGUUCCCCAAAGACUCUGCUGCGUGUUCCUCCAGGAACUGGGAAACCAUCCAUCUAAACAGCAUGUUUGUGUGGCAAUUCUUUUUUAACAGCUCCCCAAUGGAAAUGAAAAAGGAAAGGAUCCUUUCUCCAAGUGGACCAGAAACACUGUGGGAGAGAAGUGAACGCCGUUGUAGGAAAGCCACAGUGAGCUCGUUGCCAUAAACUCCAUAUCAGUAUCACUCUUCCGGCUUCUAGGGGUGUAUCUGCACAACACAAAUAUAUCGGUUUCAAUACCUGUUCAACUGUCAUGGUUUCCCCACCACUGUCAAAGAAUCCUGGGAACUGUAGUUCAGUGAACAUACUAGUAGUUCUGUGUUAGAGACCCCCUUGUCCCCUUGCAGAACAAUACUUCCAGUGCUUACGGGGGAGAGGGAGGGACUGUUAUAGCAGUCUGAUGACAUAUAUACAUCCUAAGAAGAGUGGAAGAAGUAAUUGGGAAUUCUUUGGAUAUGAUGUGUUAUCUUAAUGCUGUUAAGCAGCAGUUCUCAAGCUUGGGUCCCCAGAUGUUGUUGGAUUACAACUCCCAUCAGCCCCAGUCACAAUGGCCAAAGGCAUGUGGCCAUUGUGGCUGGGAAUGAAGAGUCAUAAUCCAAGAACUUCUGGAGACCCAAGCUUGAGAACUUCUGUUAUAAGGAACUACAGUUGUUUGAACUGUCAGAGGACCAACCUACAUAGUAGCCACUGUGGGCUUCUGUUUGGGCCACUAGAUGUUUUGGAGGUGCCAAAGCAAGCCCCUUACUGUCCCUGCUACCCAGUUGCCCAUAUUCCAAGCCCAGGCAAGGCCAAUUAAAAACAGGAGAGGCUGAAACUAGACUAAUGAGCUAGAAGGGGAAGAGAGGAGUUAUGCUGCCCAGCAAGGAUACAGGGUCAAGGUCAUCGAUACGGCAAUGGCUAGCACUGGCAUUCCCAGUGUGUUUCAACCAUAUCAUUAUCAAGGGAAUAUUUAACCCCUUCACAAACCUGUUCAAUCCAACUGCAUUGCAGUAACCCCAAGCAAGCUGUCUUAGUCUAACCAGAAUGUUCUCUUGCCCCACAGCUGUGGCCAAGCAUCAACUUGUGGAGGCCUGGCUGCAUCACUACAUCACGGGCCAUUGUAGCUGGGGAUGAUGGGAGUUAAAGUCCAACAACAUCUGGGGACCCAAGUGUGAGAAGCCCUGCCUUAGCUGAAUUGCGGUGGAUGUGUGAUUCCUGUAAUUUUCUACACACUCCUCUUUUUAAAAAGAUAAGGAGACUCUUGCACAGAACUUCUGGGGGAUCCAUUCUCUGCCAAUAAAACAUCUGAAGAGCCCCACUGGAUCAGGCCACAGGCCCAUUGAGUCUAACAUCCUGCUUCAGAAGCAGGACUAGAGGAAGACGGUAGCUAAAAAGUGAAUUCAGUUGACAUCCUUCCUCUCUCACCACCCCACAAAACUGGGAGAUCAAUUCUCAGUGCUCUCCAAAGAGAGAGUUCCCAGAGAGUUCCCAAAGAGAGAGUUCCCAGGAUUCCUUGGGGGAAGCCAUGACACUUCAUCCCCCAUUCUGAGCCACUUUGAGGGCUUCUGGCAAGCUGAGGGAGAGAGAUCUUAAUGCACAAGUAAGUCAGUUAUAUAGUUAAGUAUAUUUAGAACUGGUUUGUGUACAUCCUGUGAAGAUGCUCUAAUCGUCAGAAUGAGAUGGCCCCAAGAGACCCUGGAAAUUAAGAUGGGAUAACGAGGCAUUGCUCGCUGUUUGUUUGAAAGGGAAACCAUUUCAGGGCCUCUGAGGUGUGUUUUGAGUGCCUUUUGUUCCCAUCUGUCUGCUUUAUCCCUUCCUGAGCCAGAUGAACCAUGCAGAUGAAGCAUGCAAGCAGGGCACACUCAAAUUAAAAGUCUGCACCAUGUAUAGCUAAAUUAGUAAAUUGCACAAAUUUUCAUAGCUGGUCUUUUUCUUCUGCAUAACUAACUGCUGCAAUUAUAGUACAAAGUUAAAUCAGUUACGAACGUCUCUCACUGCCAGGGCUCCCAGAUGCUCUGAAUCAGGGGUGCAGAAGUCUAAGCGUUCAAUAGCCACUUAAACAUUGGGUGUUUAAGAAGGCAGGAAGGAGAUUUCUCCUCCUCCAAUCUUGUGUGCUGCUAGAAGGGUAUGGGAGAAGAGCCCCUCCCAAACCCCCAACUGAUGGAAAGCUUAUUCCACCAUCCCUCUGUCUCCCAUGGAAUGCCCUGGCCUCCAUGCAAUGCCAACAUAUGCUCGAGCAUCUCUACACAAUCUUGAGGACUAGAAACUUGCUCUGUUCAAAAGACAUGAAUUGCUGAAUGUGCCGAUGCCACGUUCUGCCAUCUUCCUGCACUUUCCCCAAAGCAUAACACAUGCAAUUCUAGGUUUAAGCCCAAGCAGAUUCUGAUAGAAAUUGAGACGCAUCCUUGGGUUCAUCUGCUCACCUUCAUCUGUACCAAAAUCCUGAUAAGCCCCCUCCAUUCCCCAUGUUGGAAAGAGUCGUAUCUGCCCAUGUGCUCUCCCUUCUGUUCCACUUGGUUAAGCACACAUGGUGGAAGUCGAGCCAUCUUGCAAGGAGAGACAGCGGGCCUGAAAUUCUUAAUGCAAAGUGAGCCUAGAUGGUUGAAAUCGGGGCCAGCAACUCCUGACCCUUCCGGUUUGCCUCUUCCUUGCAGUUGUUUGAGAAAAGGGGUUCCUGCCAACCCAUCGCCAACAUGUGGACACGUAGGACCACAACACCCUAAAUGGACUAUUCCAGUUCUAGAGGGACACAGGUGGUCAUUUGCUGGAAAGCCUCUUCAUGCAUGGGGGGCCAAAGUAUCCAAAAGCUUGCAUUGAUUUUGCAGCGGUUCAUUGCUUUGUUGUAUGGCAGGCAUAUGUUUGAUUAACGCCUGACUAUGAUAGUGUGCUACCUCCAAGGGUCACUUCUGACAUUUUGAUUUAUUGUUUCUUCUUCAUUCAGAGAAAUGCACCCUCGACUCACUCAUGUGGUGAGAAUCCUGACAACCAGAAUGGCUUGUGUUUGCUCCUACUUAGGAGUCCAGUGUGAGCAUGCAAGCCUGCUUGAAGGAAAAGCACCAUGUGCACAUCUGUCCAUGCAAGGGCAUUGUCAGAGCGGUGCCAGAUCAUGCUCACUAACUUCCUUUUUUAAUCUCCCCAGUCUUGUCUUGCUUUUGCAUACUCUCUAAUAUCCACAGCACACACUUCAAUCAAUUCCAAACCUCUUUAACUGUCAUGGUUCCCAAAUUAAGCUACUCUGGACCAGGAAUGCAGAAAUCCAGAUGCCCAAGAGUCACUGGCAGCUGAAGAACUGGGUGAGUUCUUGAAGAAAGCAGGAAGGAGAUUCCUCCCCCCUUCUCUUCUUGCUUGCUGCUAGAAGGGAUGGGAGAAGAGUGAAGGCCUUACAGGUGAAACUCGGAAAAUUAGAAUAUCGUGCAAAAGUCCAUUAAUUUCAG